AUGGAUCUUCAGGCCCGAGUCGAAUCCACACGUGUUGAUCGCCUGGUCUUCUUCACAGUGAUCGCUCGUCGUCGAAAAAAAACACCUACCGUCAUUUUUUCCCAACGAGACAAGCCGAGGACCAUUCGUAUCAAAAUCGAAACUUACUUCAGCAAUGCAGGCAUGAAAGAAAAGAACUCCUCCACCACCGCCUCUACACUUGGACGGAUUCUAGCUAUUUGUUCUAAGCAGGCCAAAGACUACGGGAGCUGUGUUGCAUCUAAAGUCCACGAGAUUGAAAAAGACUUGUGUUUAAAAGAGUUUCUUGCACUGAAGAGCUGUAUGCAACAUACGAUCCGAGGAAAGGGUUGA